UAACUGCAAGUCUGCAGGUGGAGGAUUUGCUCCAAAAAAAAAAAGUCUGCAGGUGGAGGAGCGAAACAGAAGACGAAGCAGCAAGAGGAAACAAAGAGUAAUAACAAUCUUCCUCUCUCCUCCGCGAAGAAGCAGCGCCCGCUGCUGUACACUGCGAUCAAGAUGGCUCACCCGAACCGGAAUUCAACAAACGGAUUCUCUAACCGCUCCAAGUCCAGGCCUCCGUCGCAACCCCUUAGUGUGGCUCCGGGUCAUGUUGCUUUCCGCAUGCUCUGCCAUGCCUCUCGUAUCGGCGGCGUCAUCGGGAAGUCCGGACACAUCAUUAAGACCCUCCAGCAGCUCACUGGUGCCAAGAUCAGAGUGGAAGAUGCCCCACCCGACACUCCGGACAGGGUUGUACUCAUAAUUGCUCCCUCUGCUAUCAGUAGCAAGGUUCACUUGGGAAAGUCGACUGAGUCGAAUGGAUAUGGCGGUAAUGGCGGCAGCGACGCUGUUGGGGACGAUGGGUCCGUCGAGGUUUCGAAGGCGCAAGAAGCUCUGUUGAAGGUGUUCGAGAGGGUUAUUGAUGUUGCGGCGGAGACUGACGGAGCUGAAGUGAGGGAUGGAGUAGUGUCUUGCAGACUACUGGCGGAUUCACCUCAGGUUGGGUCGGUUAUUGGGAAGGGAGGGAAGGUGGUGGAGAAGAUUAGGAAGGACACUGGAUGUAAAAUUAGGGCGUUGAGUAAUUGUGUGCGAGAUUUCAUGGCCUCGGACGAAAUGAUUGAGAUUGAAGGAAAUGUGUCAUCUGUCAAGAAGGCACUUCUUGCUGUCUCUCAUCGUCUUCAAAAUUGCACACCUGCUGAUAGAUCAAAGAUGAUGGAUGGCAAACCUCAUGAAUCUGCAGCUGUAAUUCCACAUGAGCCUUUGACUGAUCAGCACGCAGAUCACUUUCUCCAGAGGAACUCUCCACUGUCUGCUGCUUCCAAGAGCUCAAACAACUAUUCCUCAGGGCUUCAUUCAUUGUCAGCUGAUUUUAGAAGGGUCUCAAGCCUGGAUUCCAAGGCACUUCAUCAGGAAGUUACCUUCAGAAUUCUCUGCCCCAGUGAUAGGGUUGGCAGUGUUAUUGGAAAAGGUGGCAGUAUUGUUAAAGCCCUUCAGAAUGAGACAGGGGCUUCUAUAAUGGUUGGUCCUUCGGUAGCUUAUUGUGAGGAAAGAGUUGUUACUAUUACUGCUUCUGAGAGUCCUGAAGCAAGAUAUUCCCCAGCUCAGAAGGCUAUUGUCCUUGUUUUCUCUAAGUCUGUUGAGGCUGCCAUGGAGAAUGUGUUGGACCCAGGAUCCAUUAGGGGGUCCUCUGUUACUGCACGGAUCCUAGUCCCAACAAACCAAGUAGGUUGUUUGUUAGGAAAAGGGGGAGCAAUAGUCUCUGAAAUGCGGAAGGCAACGGGGACUAAUAUAAGAGUCAUUGGGACUGACCAGGCUCCAAAAUGUGCUUCGGAUAAUGAUCAAGUGGUACAGAUAUCAGGAGUGUUUUCAAAUGUUCAAGAUGCUUUGUAUAAUGCAACUGGUAGACUAAGAGAUAAUCUUUUUGCCAGUACGCAAAAUGUUGCUGGAACAAGGAGCAUCUCUGCUGUUUCACAUACCAGCCCCUAUGUGAGACUAGGGGAUUCUGCACCUCUUGGAGGCCAACCAGGUUCUGGGAUUUCUCAUAACCAGACUAGACAUACAUUUUCUCAAAGCAUAGAUCAUCCUGGACUUCCUCGAAAUUCAGAUUGUCCUCCUCGUCAGGGUUAUGGACAUCGCAGGUAUAUUUCUUCAUCUCUACUGAUUGGUUUUGCUUUGCUAAUGGUUCCCAGAGGCGUUGAUGAUGUUGGCAGGAAAUUGAGUUCUCUUAACUGUGGCUUAGAGCUAGGCAGUGGAAGCAAAGCUGCCAUUGUGACUAACACAAGUGUGCAAAUUGUGGUUCCUGACGAUGUUUUUGACUCCGUAUAUGGGGAAGGUGGUAACAAUCUGACGCGUCUGAGACAGAUCUCAGGUGCCACAGUUACCGUCUGGGACCCUCAUCCAAAAACAAAAGACAGAAUUAUUGUCAUGUCUGGUACACCCGAUCAAAUCCAAGCAGCACAGAGCCUUCUUCAAGCAUUUAUUCUCGCCGGAUCGUCAUGACUUUUUAAUAGCCUUAGCCAUAGGCCCUUGUUUAUUUGUUUGCAGAAAUUACUUCAGUCCUUUUCCUAAUCUAGGUUUUUUGGUCUCUUUUUGGGUUCUCACAGCAAAAUGUAGAUUAUGGAAAUAUAUAAAUGUGCCUUUUGUAUCAUGCCAUUGGUUAAAUGAAUUCAGGUCAGGCUGCCCCCAGAGCAUCAGUGCGCUGCUUUAGGAUUAGGUUUGGGAGCUUAAAAGGUCAAUAUAUACUGGUUGAUUCUUUAGAAUAAACAUAAUUGACAGUAAGCCUUUACCCAAUGCCAUUCAGACUUUUUACCUGUUUUGGCAUUGUGUUUUGUUAAGUUGCAGGGAAAAUUAUAAUUGAGGAAAUUAAUGCCAUUUUAAGUCUUUCUGAUUCACU